AUGUUUGCUGCUCGUCAGUCCUUCAACCUCUUCCAGAAGCGCGCCUUCUCGGCUUCUGCUAGCCAGGCUUCCAAGGUUACCGUCCUCGGUGCCGCUGGUGGUAUUGGCCAGCCUCUCUCUCUUCUGCUCAAGCUCAACCCCCGUGUCUCGCAGCUCGCUCUCUACGACAUCCGCGGUGGCCCUGGUGUCGCUGCUGACCUGAGCCACAUCAACACUAACAGCGUCGUUUCUGGCUUCGACCCUACACCUUCGGGCCUCCGCGAUGCUCUCAAGGGCUCUGAGAUCGUCCUCAUUCCCGCCGGUGUUCCUCGCAAGCCCGGCAUGACCCGUGACGACCUCUUCAACACCAACGCCUCCAUCGUCCGUGACCUUGCCAAGGCUGCUGCCGAUGCUGCUCCCGAGGCCAACGUCCUCGUCAUCUCCAACCCCGUCAACUCCACCGUCCCCAUCGUCUCCGAGGUCUACAAGUCCAAAGGUGUCUACAACCCCAAGCGCCUCUUCGGUGUCACCACCCUUGACGUCGUUCGUGCCUCCCGCUUCAUCUCCGAGGUCCAGAAGACCGACCCUGCCAACGAGGCCGUCCCCGUUGUUGGCGGCCACUCCGGUGUGACCAUUGUUCCCCUCCUCUCCCAAUCCAACCACUCUGGCAUUGAGGGUGAGGUCCGUGACGCUCUCGUGAAGCGCAUCCAGUUCGGUGGUGACGAGGUCGUCCAGGCCAAGGAUGGUGCUGGCUCCGCUACCCUCUCCAUGGCCAUGGCUGGUGCUCGCUUCGCUGAGUCCCUCCUCAAGGCCGCUCAGGGCGAGAAGGGUGUUGUCGAGCCUACCUUCGUCGACAGCCCUCUUUACAAGGACCAGGGUAUUGACUUCUUCGCCUCCAGAGUUGAGCUUGGCCCCAACGGUGUUGAGAAGAUCCACCCCGUUGGCCAGGUCAACACCUACGAGGAGCAGCUCCUCCAGGCUUGCUUGGGUGACCUCAAGAAGAACAUCCAGAAGGGUGUUGACUUCGUCAAGGCCAACCCUUAG